CGCCACUGCCAAGGAAAAGAGAGUUGGAGGACGACAAUGCCACCAUUCACGAUGGCCGGGGGAGGGCAGCCACAGAAACAACAAACAACAAUGGGCGGAAACCGGCGGCGAUCCCCAUCGUCGGCUGUAGAAAUAAUAGGAACCAUCUUGAACACAAUUUUCCACAACAAGCACAUACUCCUCCUGAUGAAUGCUUCUCUCAUCGUGUUCUUGGUGGUCAUGAACGGCCAAUCCAGCUACAUCUUGCUGCCAGAUGCACCAGCCGAUACUUUCUCGUCGUCGUCGUCGUCGGCAAUAAGGAAGGCAUCAACUGUGAUGGACCUACCGAAACCAGYCAUUGCUUCGGAACCAUGCCCGGACCCACCUCCCCCCCCUCCGCCUAAAAUUAUUCACACAAACGGAAUGAGCGGUAGCACCACCGAAAUCAAGGAGUACAACGAUGCCGAGAUCGGAAAGACGGCGUCGGUUCUGGCCAUGGCCACGGGGUACAGCCUUCUCGAUUACCAGCGCUUUGUUGGAUCCCUCCGAAAAACGGGCUUUGAGGGAAACAUUAUUCUUGCGGUGUCACCCAACAUAAAUUCGGAAUGCGAAAACUACCUCGCUACCAAGAACGUGAUCCUCCACAAGGUCCAGUACGUCGAGUGCAGCCACCCGGUGAAGAAAAACGUGGAUAAAAACGACGAGCACGAGAAGGAACUCGUCACCUGUGUCCACCCGUACCCCAAGCUCAAGCACCGGUGGGCCCGGUUUCCCUUGCUCAGAGAUUUACUCAUGCAGUGUGGUGGGCACGAACAUCCCGAGGUCCAGUGCGGCGGGCCCGUCCUGAUUACCGACAUGCGGGACACUAUGUUUCAACGGAAUCCAUUUGGUCCCGAGGCCCCCAAGGUCUACGGCCUCCAGGUCUUUGCCGAGCACUACUCCAUUCGGACCACCCACUGGCUCGUAGACUGGCCCGUCGGCGACUGCAAGGGCGUCCACUACGACGAACCCAUGCUUUGUUCCGGGACCACCAUUGGAACGCGGCAGGCCAUGCUGGACUACCUGGAGAUUUUCCACAAGGAAAUGAACCUGUGGAUGGAAUCCCCCAAAUGCUGCUGCUUCGACACGAACGGAGACGACCAAUCGAUGCACAACUUCCUCUUUUACUCGGGGGCGCUCAACUCGGUGGACGGUGGGGUCCAGGCCGUCAAAAACCGCAACGGGCUGGUCAACACGGUCGGGGCCAUGGGCUCACUGAUCUUUGAAUCGCACGCUCGUAUCAAAAGAGAGUUCCUAGGAGCGCUGAAGGAUCCCGACAGGCCAGUCAWGGAUGCGCACCACGAGCCCUUGGACAUGAGCCCGGAGGACAAAGUCGACGAGGAAGGCAACAGCAAGACCUGGAUGGGAGCACAGUACGGCCUUGUCGACAUGGAUGGGUAUUUUGUGGACUAUGACGGGAGCCGUUCCUUUAUCAUUCACCAGUACGAUCGGUUCGGCMGCCACUUCGACAAUUGGAURGACGGGAACCGGGAACGAUACUAUUACCCUUAGUAGUCGCAAACGYAUUGGUGCGGGUGUCGCUGGUCAGGCCUUGGUUCCGGUUUUGCGGUGGAGGCGAUCGAACAACAAGACUGGAACACCCAAUGGGAAGCGAUUCCGACGACGAAAUCAUGGGACUACUGUCGCGGGCAUGUGCACUACUUAUUYGUU